AUGCGCUGUCAUCGAUUUGGGGAAGCUAACUCCAAUAGCAACCUGUCAUCCAGUUGCUCUUCCUCAUGCCACUGCCUAAAGGUACGAGAAAUUCAAUACUUAUUCUUAUGGGUCGUGGCAGAGGAAAACAGUGGCCCUGCAGGGUCAUGGAACUGCUCGUGCUGCUCCGGCGACAAGGCCCUCCAGAAAGAAGAACAUGCUGUGGUGCACAGCGGGAGUUGCUUCACUUCUAACUGCACAUCCGGUACUGUAGGAAACUCUGAACAAGGGAGGAAGCAUUUCUCUAGCAAGACAGCCAUUGCAAUGGGAGGGGAACGUUUGGUUCCCGGGAACAUAUUGCGUAAGAUGUAUAUACAUGCGAGAGCCAAAGAGUGCACCAUGGCGUGCUACUUUCGCCGCAAGGGCGCGCUCUCUCCGCGUUCCCGGAUGCACUCUUUCGACAAGUACGUGAGCUGGAGCAGCAGGUCAAACCUCGUUAGCCACCGAUCUUCUCCUCUGGCCCAACUGAAACACAAACCAGGGCUCAGUAUCGAGCUGCUGUCGAGGCUGAACCACUGCCACGUGGUGCCAUUGCUGGGGUACUGCUCGGAGCGGCAGGGGCGGCAGCUGGAGCGGCUGCUGGUGUUCGAGUGCAUGACCAAUGGCAACCUGCGGGAGUGCCUGGACGACCUCAACAGGAAGCCCAUGGACUGGGCGACGCGCGUCGGCGUGGCGCUGGGCGCGGCGAGGGGCCUCGAGUACCUCCACGAGGCGGCGGCGCCGCGCAUCCUCCACCGGGACAUCAAGUCCACCAACAUCCUGCUCGACGACCGGUUCAGGGCCAGGAUCACGGACCUGGGCAUGGCCAAGUGCCUGAUGAACGACGGCGUGGCGAGCUGCUCCAGCUCGCCGGCGCGCAUGCUGGGCACCUUCGGGUACUUCGCCCCCGAGUACGCCAUCGUCGGCAAGGCGUCGCUCAAGUCGGACGUGUUCAGCUUCGGCGUGGUGGUGCUGGAGCUCAUCACGGGCCGGCAACCGGUGCACAAGAGGGGCGGCGGCGCGGGCACGGACGAGAGCUUGGUGAUGUGGGCGACGUCGCGGCUGCGGGACAGUAGGCUGGUGGUCGCGGAGCUGCCGGACCCGGCGCUGAAGGGCGCGUUCCCGCCCGAGGAGAUGCAGAUCAUGGCCCACCUGGCCAGGGAGUGCCUGCAGUGGGACCCCGAGGCCAGGCCCACCAUGACCGAGGUCGUCCAGAUCGUCUCCACCAUCGCGCCCCUCACCGACAAGCGCCGCCGCCACCACCUGCCCGCCGCCGCCGGCGCCUUCGCCCCGGGCUUCCGUGCCGAGAGGCCGCGGGAAUGCUCGGUGUGGCAGGACGGCGACGGUCGCCGCGAUCACCUGCACGGAGGGAACGAUAGCAAUGCCAAGGGCAACAUCGUGUCUGGAGAGGUCGUUGUUAACGUCGGCACGCCGGUGAUGAUGGGCCGGAGCUGGCGGUCGGCGGAGCAGGAGGAGGUGGACCUGACGGAGCCCCGGCUGGAGACGUUUACGCAGCCGACGACGGCGACGAGCCUCUACAGGUGA